AUGAAUCAGCUCCUGUUUGAACGAUCCACGGGCCUGCUAAGCCCUGAACGCUUUGCACGCAUACAGACUACGCGACGCAUCUAUGCGGUCCAGUCUUGCUCGACACUGAGGUUCAAUGGUGGUGAAAAAGAGGUCACCAUACCGGAACAUGACGCUAGUCAAUCUUCUACAGGGCUUGAGCCGGUGGCAUCCAAAUUGUGGGCGCAUCAAGCUGGGGUAACUGCGCUCGCGGUGGACAUUGAGAACAGGGUCCUUCUUUCUGGGGGGCUUGAUUCCUCCAUAAGACUAUGGAAUCUGGAAGACUGUCCCACAGAUGCGAAGCUCACCCUCAAGCCCACUGCUGCGAUUUCCAGGCAAGUUUCCAACGGCCCAUACAAGAUAUACUUCUAUCCUUUCGACUCUGCGGCUUUUCUCUCUUCCUCGUAUGACCACCAUCUCAAACUAUAUGCUACAGAAACCCAGACAGUCUCAGCAGACUUCGAUUUGAAGUCUAUUAUUUAUACACAUGCGCUAUCCCCUAUUGCUCAGCAUGUGCUGGUAGCUUGUGCAACGCAGCAUCCUGCUGUCAGACUCGUUGACCUCCGCUCCGGAGCAAACACGCACUCCCUUGCUGGUCACCAUGGGGCUCUCCUAUCUUUGGCUUGGAGUCCUACAUUGGACUAUAUACUUGCGAGUGGAGGAGUAGAUGGAACGGUGCGAUUAUGGGACAUUCGUAAGAGCUCUGGGCAACUCGGUGUUUUGGAUAUGGAAGAUUCAACUGGCAUAGCUGGAACUGACGGUAUGGGCAAAAGUUCCCGAUCUCGAGAUACAGGGAAAGCUCAUCAUGGCGCUGUGAAUGGGCUUACUUGGACCGAUGAUGGCUAUCAUCUUGUCUCGGCUGGCCAUGAUGAGCGAGCACGGGUCUGGAAUGCUGCUACAGGCGCGAACACGCUAGCUAGUUUCGGCCCAACUCUCAAGAACGGGCAUUUAUCAAACCUCCCUCUCAUUGUGUCACCUACCGCUUCGACUCCAGCGGGCCAAGAGCUGCUAUUCUACCCCAGCGAAAGAGAACUACUCGUUUUUGAGCUCCAUCAAGGCAGACUUGUCAAACGCCUGAAAGUACCAGGACCCAAUAUAGCUUCUGUUAGGUCUAGGACCGGGGAGCGAAAUAUUAAGAAUAGAAUAACCGCACUCAUUUUCAGAGGUCAAGCUGAUGGCAUUUAUUCAGCUCAUACCGAUGGUCAGAUUAGGGCCUGGCUUCCAAAAACAGCAGAAGAUGAUAGACUAGAUAUAGAAGAGGACAGUCUCAAACGCCAUGCUCAAGGCGACGAGGACGAAGAUGGGAGGAGAAAACGGCAGGUCUUGAACGAUGUAUUUACGGAUCUGACUAGACAGAAAAUCAGUUUCGGGUGA